CGCACCUCUGCUGACAUUGUUGAUAUUUGAGGAUCACGUGACCUGGUGUUCAUAUUGUGUUAAGAUGGCCAACCACCUGCUGACUCUAUGUUACAACUAGUAUGUGGUAUAUUAUGGAGAAAACUCAGACAAUGCUGGAUUUAUCAGAACGCCUAAUUCGAAGUAUAUCUAGCUGGCACAGUUAUGGAGUCUAUGAAGAUUCUGAAAGCAUUGAAGAGCUCAUUAAUUUAGGAGCAGAUGUCAAUCAUCUUCAUGGCACAGUUCUUCCUCUACAUUGUGCAUGUAUGGUCUCUGAUGUGGAAAGUCUUCUUAUUUUGAUACGUAAUGGUGCCAAUAUAAAUCUUCAGGAUGGAUAUGGAAGAAGGGCUAUUCACUAUGCUGCUGAGAAAAAUUCUGAAUGUACAGAAGUUCUUGUAAAGCAUGGAUCAAGCAUCAAUGCUGGAGAUGCUAAUCAAGAUACAGCACUCCACUGGGCUGUGUUUAAAAAUAAUGAACCUUGUGUUAAACUACUGCUAGAAAAGGGAGCAAUCGUAGAUGCCAGAGACUACAAUGAGGACACACCUCUCAGCUGGGCAGCACGAAAAGGAAACAUUGAAGUGAUGAGAUUAUUGUUAGAUUAUAAUGCAUCUGUAAAUCUUCGCAAUGCAAAUGGAGAGACUCCGAUCUCGCGAACUUUACAUUUACAAAAUAUUGGUUUAAAUACAACUUCAGAUGAUGCCUGUUUAGAGCUUCUAUUUUUGGCUGGAGGAAAAAUUGAAUAUAAACAUCAAAAUAUUAAGCACACAAACAGCAAUGAGACUUUGAAAUGUAUUGUGAAAUAUUCAACUAAUGUACGAAGUCUGCGAGAUCUAAGCAUAUAUACAGUACGUUCUUCUCUAGGUUAUCAGUAUUUGCCUAAAAUAGUUGAGAAGCUGCCCAUUCCAUAUCAAAUUAAAAAAAUUGUUCUCCUAAAGAAAUAAAGUAUGGAUUCAGA